CGUAAGCGAGACUUCAGUACAGGAAAAACCCUCUCUGUUUCCUGUUACAGCUUAGUAAUUUAGUUUAUCUUUUUCAGUUGGCCUGAAUGAUAACUUACCACUCCAUAGUCAGUUCUGCUUUACUUGCAAACUGCUGAAUGGAAGGCCAGCCUAGCCUCAUGUGCUAACAGGCAUCACCUGCUAUGCCAUAGCUAUGCUAGUUAGCUAACUAGCUGCAUCCUGCACGAUUCCCUGAAUCCAGCUGCGGUUAAAAGCGGUCUCAUCAUAAUUAUGAUGGAGACAUUAAGAGACGAGGAACUACGACCGGUACCGAGGGAGCGGGCGAUCCUGGAGAGCUUCUUCACGCAGCUGGGGAUGUUUUCCUUCGACAGAGCGAAGGACUACGUGGAAAAAGAAAAGGACAGUAGCAAAAGCACAGGAGCAAUCUGGGCGUCCCUGUUGGCUGCACUCGCCCAUCUUGCAGCUGCAGAGAAAGCUUAUCACAAUAUGACAUUUCUCGGACAGAAACUGGGAGGUCAGUCUUUCUUCAGUCGAAAGGACUCCAUAAGAACCAUCUAUACGUCGCUACAUAACGAACUUAGGAAGGUGGUUAACAUGGGGCGCCACACCUCUGGAGGCUCCACCCCUUACUUAGAAGAUCUGCUGUCUCAUCUCUCUGAGCAGCUGUGCCACUUCACACAGGCCAGGAUGGAGAUUGCAGACUUCUAUGAGAAGAUGUACUCACUGGGCAGUCAGAAAACAGUCAAUUCAGAGGAGCUCGUAAGCACUCUGGAGAGCAUCCUUCAGAAAUACAGCUCCAAGUUCCACCACCCAAUACUGAGCCGACUGGAGGGCAGUUUCCAGGUGGAGGUGGAUGUGCUGACACAGCUGCUGCGCUGUCAGGCCCAGGUUUCAGAGUGGCACUUCCUGCCGGCCUUGCUCAAUCUGCACGGUGCUCACUCCAAGCUGCAGGCCUGGGGACAGGUGUUUGAGCGGCAGCGCGAGACCCGUAAGCACCUGUUCGGCGGCCAGUCGCAGAAAGCCGUGCAGCCGCCGCAUCUGUAUGUGUGGCUGCAGCGCCUGCAGGGAGCGCUGCUCGCCAAGUUCAGCUUUUACUUCCACGAAGCCCUGAGCCGUCAGGCGCCGCCAUCCGAGAUGAAGGCGCUUACUGCGCGCACCUCGCCCGACUACUUCGGCAAAAUCUCCGCAUUCAUUCGCAAGCAUGACGCCGCAAACGUCUCUCUAGUCUUCGAUAACCGCGGCUCUGAGAGCUUCCAGGGUCAUGGCUACCACCACCCUCACUCAUACCGAGAGGCACCCAAAGGGGUGGACCAGUUUCCUGCUGUGGUGUCGCUACCCAGUGGGGAGAGACCGGUCACACACUGGCCCAACGUCAUCAUGAUCAUGAGCGACCGGGCGGUCGAGCUCAACGCCCUUGACAAAGUGGUUCCCUUCUACGACGACAAGGUCCAGAGCACGUACUUCCUGACGCGGCCGGAGCCACACUUUACUGUGGUGGUCAUUUUCGACGGGCGCAAGUCAGAGAAGGACUCGCACAUUGUGGCCUUUCUGCAGGAGCUUUCGGGCUCACUGAGGAACUCCAAACCUUUCUCCACACUCAAACCAGGCUCCAAAGGCUGAGCUGUGUGUGGAACCAUAAGAAAUAUCCCAGGGACAAAGUCCAGUUUCUUAUCAUACUGUGAACCAAAGUGUGCCCAAGCGAUGACCAAAUAUAGGCAUAUUGGCUCUUUUGUGGACUGAAAAAGUUUUAAGCAGG